UUUCCAUCCUCGUUUUUUAUUUCCUCACCUUUUCUUUCUCUAACUGACUUAUUUUUUUUGUUUAUACUUCGGUUUCGCCGGAACCCUAGCUCUACUAACCGGAUAAUUCAAGAUUCUGUAAAUGACCGACGAUUAGGGAGGAGGUGAUACCAAACAGCCUGGGUUUCAUCACCGGAUGGAGGGAGGUAGCGUCUCUAGACUUACUUGCUCUGGGAUACACUCAUGGAUUAUGAUGACAAUGAUCUCCACAACACAAAUCUUCAUUUAGCUGGCGAAGGGAACAAUAAAUUUCCUCCUGUUUUAUGCCCAUAUGCUCUCCCAAGAUUUGAUUUUGAUGAUAACCUUCAUGGCGAUUUAAGAUUUGAUAGUCUGGCUGAAACUGACGUUUUUCUUGGCAUUGAAAGUAGCGACGAUAACCAGUGGAUUGAAGAUUUUUCACGGGGGAGUACUGGGAUUGCAUUUAGUUCGAGUGCAGCUGAACCUUGUUCAAUUUCUAGGUGCAACAAUGUCUGGUCUGAGGCAGCCUCUUCUGAAUCUGUUGAAAUGCUAUUAAAAUCUGUCGGACAGGACGAAAGUAUUCUCAGUCAAACUAUCAGUAAGGAUUCAGAUGCAUGUGAUGAACUGGGCGGUGGCGUAAUAAAGCUGAUGGAGCCUAAUUUGAAACCUGGAGAUAGUGAUCUUACUGAAGUAGGGGAUGCCUUACAGCCUGCUUCACAGACAGGUGAGAUUCCUGGAAAAUUUUAUGGGUUGAAAGGUGAUGUAUCAAGAGAUCAGUUGGUUGACAGUGUUUCUCAGAUGCAAGAAUCUAAAGCUCCAAAUACGAGUAAUGCCGACUUAUCUGUGAGAGAUGAGUCUAAAGAUGGUGAACAAAUUGUUGUUAGUGAAAAUCAAGUGGAAGCUUCAGUUGAUCAAUGCUUGGAUAACAGGGAACAGGUAAAUAACUUUACUUCUGUGCAAGACACCUGUGAAAGUAGUAAGGAUUCAGAUGCCUGUGAUGAACUGGGCAAUGUAAUAAAGCAGAUGGAGCCUAAUUUGAAGCAUGGAGAUAGUGGUCCUUCUGAAGUAGGGGAUUGCUUACAGCUCUCCUUACGGACAGAUGAGAUUCCCGGAAAAUUUUCUGGGCUGAAAGGUGAUGAUGUAUCAGGAGACAAUUUGUUGGUUCAAGAUGUUUCUUCACCACAUGAAUUCGACUCCUCUGUUGAUGGGACAUUGAAAGUUCCAAAUACGAGAAGUAUCGACUUACCCGAGAGAGAUGAUAAAGAUGAAAAUCAAGUGGAAACUUCAGUUGAUCAAUUUGUGGAUAACAGGGAACAGUUAAAUAAAUUUUCUUUAGGGUCACAAGUUGAUACUUCGAUUUUCUCUGUGCAAAACACUUGUGCAAGUAGUGUUUUUUUAGAGAGCCAAGAUACCACACAUUUGAAAAAUGAUACUAUUGAUGAAAAUGUUGACAGUUUAGCAGGGGAAAAUGUUGAUUUGAGCCAAGAAAUUCACAUUGAUGGUGAGAACUUGAUUGAAAAUGCAGUUGCAAGUGUUACCUCAGAUGUGCAGAAGCAUUCAGUUUCAAACAUGCAACCUAGGGAAGAUGGAUGUGUUACUGGAAAUAUUACACCUACUAUGGGGGAGCCUUCUAAUAGGACAUUGAAAGAGAAUUCUAACCAUACGGUGGAAGAGUGCAGUGAGGGCUUGGCUGUAGAAAGUCCUCUGCCGACUGGCAUAUCCAAUGUUAAUGUCUUAUCUGUUGGAAAGUUACAUGACAUAUCACCGAUGCCCUUUUUGGGUGAUACUACCAUUAAGGAGCAGGAAAGUGAAAUCGGCAAUAUUGAUACUCAAAUUUCUGUGAUUUGGGAGUCAAAGUUGGAUAACUUGGAUUCAAUGGUGCAGAUAGCAUGUGAUGCCCCUGAGAAGAAUGAUUUGUCAGAAAGUGAUUGCCACUCUAAUACGAAAAUCAUGAGCAGCAAGUCUGAGAAAUAUUUGUCGUCUGUGGAAGAUGGUAAAGGUUACAAGGGUGAAGGCGAUGGUGCUCACAAUACUUUGGGAGCAGAACCUGUAAGAGUAGAUGAGGAUUUUAUAGUCACUGAACAUACUGAUGAUUCUAAAUUUGAGCAGAGUGUUUCAGCUGCUGAAAAGCAGAACACCAAAUUGCCUUCUCAUUGUAUUAAAACUGACCGCGAAGAGUGUGGAUCUCUGGUUGUAAUAAAGAGAGUUGAUUCCUCUUCCUUUGGCACAAGUGACACAGCAAAUGAGUUAGCUUCAAAUUUACUAUCUGAUGUUGCCAUCAGUGGCAAGUUGGUAGAUUGUAUGCUUGUGCCUUCUGAUAAGAAUCUUCUUGCUGCUGCAGUUUCAAAUCAGAAAGAUGUCCAAGUGUCAUCUCCAGAAGCAAGUUUCUCGAUCAUAAAGACUUCUGGAAUCUCAAUCGAAGGUGCACCUUGUGAGACUGGUUGGCAGUCCUCUUGUAAGAAAGAUGAUCAGUCUUUGUCAAUGGAGGAUGCCUCUAAUGCUGUUGGCCAAAGUGGAGAACCAACACUUGGUGUCACUUUGGAGUCUAAGGAUAUGGAUGCAUCUUCUAUUGUCUCUGAUUCAACUGUGAGAGAGACUUACGAUGCUGAAGUCCAAGUUAUUUCUAGGGGUUCUUCAGGACCUUCAGGUGCUGUAUCCAUUCAAGAUAAGAACAAGACACUAACAAAUUCAGUGCCUUCAACUUCAAAGGAACUGCUUCUUAAUGCUGACGAAAAGCAUCCUGAAGAUAGUGACCCCAAACUUUCUCAAGAGUUCAGUGGUCAUAUUGUUGCGCAUCAUGCUGAUGGUGAUAAUGCGAAGACACAUAAUAGUUCAUUUCCUUCUGCUCCUUCAUCUGAACCUCAAACUAAAACCCACAUGAAGGAAUGUGGUAGUAAUGCUUAUCUUGACAAUCCUUCCUGUGGAUCUCCAAUUCUGAUUAGGACUUCUGCUUUGGUGUCUGGGGUCGUUAGUGAGGAAGCAAACAAAGAGCACUCUAUUUCUCAGGAUACUAAAGGAAAUGAUGCAUUUUCAGGCGACAGAAAUUUCACCUUUGAGGUUCUUCCAAUGGCAAGUUUGUCUGAAAAAGAAGCUGGCAAGAAUUGGCAACCAUUUUCUAAAGUUCAGCUUGACAAAAUAUCCUUGAAGAUUGGAGAGAGAACUCCAUCAAUCUCUGCCUCAACCAAAGUGGGUCCUGAAACAGCUGAAGAGGUGAGUCGUUCAAAUGUGCAGACAUCUAAGAGGGAGAAUGUAUCUGGUGGCUCCAAGGGAACUUCUGCACGUAGAACAAGGCGAGCGGGUAGUCAGAGCAUAGGAAAGAAAGCUGCUAAAAAGGGCAUUGUCGCAAAAGAUAGGACUCCUGCAAGACAAUCAAAAAGAGGUGGUAAAACAAGUAAGGCAUCACUCAGUACAGCUGAAAAUGACCGGCUUGUGAAAUCCAAUGAGAUGCAGCACUUUGGACACAUGGAAGGUGGUAAUAUGAACCCAUUUGGUGUUCUUUUUGCUUCUGUACCUAGUUUGCUGGACUUAAAAACCUCAGAUUCAUCUGCAGUUUUUCACCAACCUUUUACAGAUUCACAACAAGUUCAGUUACGUGCUCAAAUUUUUGUAUAUGGAGCUCUGAUUCAAGGAACGGCACCGGAUGAGGCUUAUAUGAUAUCAGCAUUUGGGGGACCUGAUGGAAGAACCAUAUGGGAGAAAGCCUGGGGAGCAUGUAUGGACAGAGUACAUAGUCAAAAAUCUCAUCCUGUUAGCCCUGAAACUCCAUUGCAGGCACAUAUAGGUGCUAAAACUCCUGAUCAAUCAAUCAAAGAAACUGCACUUCAGACUAAGAUUACAUCCUCACCUGCUAGUCAGUCUAGCAGCAGGGGUGCAACAACAAGUGGAAAGCCAAGGAUCCCCCUUUCCACACCACUGUGGGCGAUUCCUACACCUUCCGGUGAUGCCCUUCAACCUGCUAGCAUUCCAAGAGGUGCAGUUGUGGAUUAUCGGCAAGGACUUUCUCCAUUGCAUUCACCUGUAAGGAAUUUUGUUGGACAUAAUGCUCCUUGGGUGUCCCAAUUCCCUUUUUGUGCCCCCUGGGUUCCACAUAGUUCUGCAUUUGAUAGCAAUGCCUGUUUUCCUGAACUUCCCAUCACAGAAGCAGUUAAUUUAACUCCCGUAAGAGACACAUCUGUGCCUAAUUCUUCUGUCAUGAAGCAGGUUUCCACAGUUCCUACGGUCCAGAGCGGGGGUCCUGCUAAUGUCUUUGCAGGGAUUCCCCUGCUUGACAACAAAAAAGCAACAUCCAGAUCUAGUCAGAGUUCUGCUGAUCCAAAGCCUAGAAAAAGAAAAAAGUCAGUUUCUGAGGACCCUGGGCAGAUUAUACUGCAUUCUCAAGCCGAGUCUGUUUUGGCUACUGUUGUUAAUAGUCAUGCCUCUACACCUGCUGAUAUUACAACACCUUACAAUUUUAUUACUUCUGUCUCUGGUGAUCAUAUCAAAAAAGAUGACCGAAAUUCAGAUCAGAAGGCUACUCUGUCUAAAGAGACCCUUGGUAAACUCAAGGAGGCUCAGAAGCAGGCAGAAGAUGCUGGUGCCCUUUCUUCAACUGUUGUUAGUCGCACUCAGGAAAUAUGGAAUCAGUUGGAGAAGCGAAAGAAUUCUGUGUUGACACCAGAUGUUGAAACUAAGCUGACUUCUGCAGCUGUCACAAUAGCUGCAGCAGCUGCUGUUGCAAAGGCUGCAGCCGCGGCUGCCAGUGUUGCCUCGAAUGCUGCCUUACAAGCAAAAUUGAUGGCUGAUGAAGCAUGGGUUUCAAGUGGCUACAGAAAUCCUACUCCAACUAAUACAAUAUCUUUUGAUAGUGUGAAUCUUGGCAAGGCAACUCCUGCAUCCAUCUUGAGGGGUGAAGAUGUUGAUGCUAGUUCAAAUUCUGUUAUUGCUGCUGCAAAGGAAGCCUCUAGAAGGAGGGUAGAAGCUGCUUCAGCUGCGUCAAAGCAAGCCGAAAACAUGGAUGCCAUUGUUAAGGCUGCUGAGCUGGCAGCUGAAGCAGUAUCACAGGCUGGGAAAAUUGUUAUGGGUGGGCCUUUCCGGUUGGCUGAAUUGGUAGAAGCUGGUCCGGUGGCAUACUGGAAAGUACCCCAUGCAUCUUCUGAGCCAGAUGGUGCUGUCAGAGAACACUCAGACAAAGGUGGUAAUGUGGAGGCUCCUGGUUCAGUUUCCGAGCAUCCACAAGAGGUUCCCACCGAUAAGAGCGAAAAGCAUAGUAACCUUGAAGUGUCGCCAAUUCUUAGAGAUAUGGACAAGCGGCUUAUUCAGGAUGAUUCCAGGUUGACAGAUGGCAUUCUGGGUGCUGCUGCAAUUAGUGGAAAUGAUAAAAAGGACCGCAAAGUUUCAGAUAUUGCCAAAAGUAAAGGAGUGUCCACUAAGACUGAACAUGGGAAAGAAGAGGAAACUUUGAAAGAUGGCAAUAUGAGGGAAGGUUCCCAUGUUGAGGUAUUGAGAGAUGGAGGUGGCUCGAAAGUAGCAUGGUUCCCUGCUGAUAUUCUGGAUUUGAAAGAUGGCAAAGCUUAUGUGUGUUACAAUGAACUUCGAUCAGAGGAUGGUGAUAGGCUGAAGGAAUGGGUGGAGCUUGAAGGUGAAAGGGAUAAGGAACCCAGAAUACGCAGUGGUCGUCCUAUUGCAGUCAUGCCAUUUGAAAGAACUAGGAAGAGACGCAGGGCUGCCAUGGGGGACUAUAAUUGGUCCAUUGGAGAUAGGGUUGAUGCAUGGAUGCAAGAUAGCUGGUGGGAGGGAGUUAUCAGCGAGAGGAGCAAGAACGAUGAAACAUCAUAUACUGUCCGUUUUCCCGCUCAAGGAGAAACAUCUAUUGUCAAAGCAUGGCUUCUACGCCCUUCUCUGAUAUGGAAGAAUGGUAAUUGGGUUGAAUGGUACAGUUUGGGGGAUAAUAAUGGCUCUUCUCUUGAGGGUGAUACCCCACUGCAAAAGAGAUCAAGGAUAAACAGUCCUGUGAUAGAUACUGAAGAGGAAGGCACAAAAGGUUUUGACCAUGAGGAAACCAAGAAACCUGAUGGCACGAGAUUGCUCGAUUUUCCUGUGGGUGAAAAUUUAUUUAGUAUUGGUAAAUGCAACAGGGAUGAGAGUAAGCCUGGUUCCCAACGAAUGAAGCGUUCAGGUUUAAAGAAGGAAGGUUCAAGGGUUAUUUUUGGUGUUCCUAAGCCUGGAAAGAAGAGAAAGUUUAUGGAAGUAAGCAAACAUUAUGUUACGGAUCGGAGCAGUAGAACUCAUGAAACAAGUGAUUCUGCUAAAUUUGCAAAAAGUUUAAUUCCUUGUGGAUCUGAACAUAGUGGAACAAAACAUAAAAUUGAACCAAAGGAAAAAGGAAUGGCUGUAUCCAAAUCGAAGGUUCUCAAGUCCGGAAAACCACCUAGUGUUUCUAGUAGAACUAUUCCUCAGAAGGACAGCCUAUCAAGCAAUGUGGAUUCUGAACCUGAUGACGCUGAGAGUAUAUCAGGAGAGCAUACCAUGGAGUUCAGAUCAGUUUCAAGUUCUGAUGGAGCAGCGGAGGGCCCGGUAUUAUUUUCUUCUGUAGCUGCCUCAUCAGAUGCACCCCGGGAGAAAGCUUCCAUAUCAAAUGCUAAAUCUGAACGUAUUAGUAAAGGGAAACUUGCACCAGCUUCUGGAAAGUUGGCUAAAGUUGAGGAGGAAACGAAAACCGUCUCUGAUGCUGUUGAACGUCGUAGGUCUAAUCGGAAGAUUCAGCCAACAUCAAGACUCUUGGAAGGACUGCAAAGCUCAUUGUUAAUCUCAAAAGUUCCUGUUCCGCAUGACAAAGGUCAGAGGAGUGCUAGAGGAAAGAACUAAGGUUUAGAAGAAGGGAAGCUGUUUUGCAACAUGGGAAUCCAGUCUUUUGAGAUAAUAUAUUGGAUGAACAACAGGCGAACAUUCAAUUGUGUAGCUUGUGUAAUUUAUGCCAUGACAGAUAGAGCAAGGAACCAAAAUUGCUUCUUUGGCUUUUGAGAUGUUGCACUAUAUCAUUAUAUAUAUAAUGUUUAUUU